AUGUUAAACUACUAAGUAAAAAGUAGUCUUAGCUAAUAAGAAGAAUAAUGUGCUUUAGAAGAAAUUUUAAGUUUUCUAGAAGAUUAACUACUUUAGCAUAAAGGUUUAAAGACUCUAAAGAGUGAAAAGUUACAAAAAUGCAUGCAAUUCUUACUUUUUGUUUAGGAAAAUGACAAUAAUAAGAUAAAUUAUGUAGUUAAAGCUACACCCAUUGUCAACUAAUAUAAUCGCAAGAUAGAGAGUGAUUUAAUCAACCAAAGUAAAAGCCAAGUUUAGCAUCUUAAAAAUUUAAAACACCCUAACAUUGCAGAAAUUCACGACGAAUUUAUUAUUGACUACUUUCAUUUUAUUGUCUUUGAUUAAUGCAAUAGCUCUCUCUCUACUUAAGCUUAGGAAUAUAGUACUUCAUAAAUAGGUGACAAUUAGUUUUAAGAAUUGGCAGAGCAACUUACAGAUGCUAUUGAUUACCUUCACAAGAACUCGUAUGUAUUGAAUGAUAUUAGCAUAAAUAAAAUAUUUGUUGGUAAAGAUAACUUGAUAAAACUAUAUGAUAUUCUUUACUUUAAUACAUUACCAAGUCCUUCUCUUAAUACCCUACCAAGCACUACAUAAUCUGUAAAAAAAGUUAGUUUUGAUUUACAUUUAGACACAGAUAUUGAAGAUGUUAAAGUGUUUGAAGAAAAGAAGAAAAGUGAUAUAUGGUCUAUUGGUAUGAUUUUAGCUUAAUAUGGUGGAUGCGUUCAUGAAUUCUUUGAAAAAAAUAGCUUUUACACUUGUUAAAAAUAAAAAACAUUAACUCCAAAAUCACCUAACCUUAGCAUUUAAGCGAAUAAGCUGAUUGAAUUUAUUUUAACAUAAAGUACUUGCCAAUUAAAUUUUUCAAUUUAAGAUAUUAAAGAUAAAAUAAUCGAUUUUUAAUACUCUUAUGAAUAAGCAUAAUUGUUAUCAACAACAAAAAGAAUGCAAACCUCGCUUAUGGAGUUAAGCAGUAAUCUUUAAGAUAAUGGAAACAGUACCCGUAUUAGUUUACACAAAUUCCAUAACACCACAGAGGAUAAUUAAUUAAUUUCAACUGAUAGAUAGUUAUUAACUUCACAUCUUGAGAGAAUAACAGAAUUCAAUUUUUUAAAGGGCAAAUAAUUACUGAAGCAAUAUAAAGAUUUUAUCAAAUACAGGAAGGAUGAUAUUGAUGCGCUGAUUUCUUUGGGUUAUUUAGAAAUUAAAGUUAAUUGCAAUGUCUAAUUAGCCAAUAAAUACUUUGAAAAAGCAUUAAAAAAUAGUGCUAAUGAGAUAGAUGCAUAUUUUGGAUUAUGUGAAUGUAUUUUAGCUGUUAGAGAUAGCAAAAAUUAUUUCAAAGUUAACCAAUACACGUAAGUAUGCUUAAAAAUAAACAGUAAAGAUUGGAGAGCUGAUUAUUAUAAUGCGUGGGUAAAUUAUGAAUUAUAGGAAUUUGAUUAGGGGGAAAUCAAUAUUGAUUUAGCUCUUUAAAAAUAAAAACAAUAAGGUAUUAUUUAUUCUCUCAAGUCUAUAAUUGUUUUAAAAACAGGAGAAAAUGAAAAAAGAUCAAAAGCACUAAUUGACUACGCAGAUUCGCUAAAUAUUAAAAAUGACCCAAUAAUAAAUUUAAGAAAAGGAAUCUACUAUUGCCACUUUAAAGACUACAUAACAGCCUAAAGCUGCUUUCAAUAAUCCCUAAAGAUGUGCCCAAACUAAUUCUAAACUCUUAUUCAGAUGAUAGAACUUUAUAAUAUUUAAAAUAUGACUGAAAAGAUAUAAAGCUUAGUCCAAAAAGUUAAAAAUCUUUUUCCUUAGAGUUUUAUUGUUUAUUAAAUUUUAGGGGACCAAGAAUCAAAUUUACAGCAAUAAAUGUCUUACUAUUAAAAAUCAAUCGAAUUAAAUCCAGAUUAAACAUAUUCAUAUAAAAAAAUUGCUGAAUUGAAUUAUAAACUUGAUUAAUAUCAAGAAUCAAUCAAAUAUUAUCUAAUUUUAAUUUAAAAAAACCCAAAAGACAGUUAAUCUUUGUAUGCUUGUGGAAAAAUUUCCCACUAUUAAUUAAAAAAUAUUGAACAAGCUAAAGAGUUUUAUUCUAAAGCUAUCGAAUUUGAUUCUAAAAAUACUGAAAUUCUCUUUGAUCUAUCAAACAUAUACGCCUAAAUUGGGUAAUACGAUAAGUCUUUAGAAUUAAUAAAAAAUGUUAAAGAGUUAAAUAAAAACGACAAUAGAGUCCACAAGAAAAUAGCAUUCUUAUCAUUAAGGAAUCCUAAAUAUAAAGCUAAGUCAUUUAUAAAAGAAUUAAAAAGAGCAAUUUCAAAAGAUCCUCAGAUUGAAUUUACUUUAGAAGAGCUCUAACUCUUAAACGAUGUUGGCAUGAUUAAAAAUGUAGAAGAUUUCUUAGUUGAAUUAAUAGAAAAAAACUCUCACAAAUCGUUAAUUUACUUUCUAUUGAGCUAAAUUAAAAUAUUCUUAAAUGAAACAUUAAAUGCUAUUGAAUUGUUGAGAAACUCUCUUUAAAUAUCACCACUUGAAAUUAAAUACAAUAUUCUAAUCGCUAAGUGCUACAAUUCUUUAAAUAUGUAAGAAAUUUCUUAAUUUCAUUAUAAAUAAAUUUUGUAACAAGACCAAAAUCAUUUAGAAGCUCUAUUUUAAAUGAGCAAAAUUAAAUACAAAGAGGAAAAUUAUGAAGAAUGCAUUAAACUAAUAAAAAAAAUGGAAAAUAUUAAUUAAGAAUAAAUUGAAGCAUAUUACAUUCUAGGUGAUUCAUAUCUAAAGAAAAAAAAAUAUGACAAAUCUAUAGAAUACUUUAAGAAUUAUGCUAAAAAGGUUUCUGAGGGUGAUUUGAAUUUUCAGUAUUAUAAACUGCUAGCUAAUGCGUAUCAGCUAUCUGGGUAGAAAAAAUAGGCUUUAGAAAAUUAUUACAGUUAUUUAAAAUUAGACCCAUUAAAUAUUUAAAUUUUAUUUACAGUGAGCGAAUUAGAACAAUAAACAAAUAAUUUUUAAAAAGCUAAAGAAAGCUAUGAAUGCUUAUUAAAAAUCGACCCCAAUAAUCACGAAUGUAAGCUAAAGCUUGGAUUAUUGUUAUAAUAAAUACAUGAUUAUGAAAACUCUUAUAAUUAUUUGGAAUAGUAUCUCCAAAUUAAAGAAGAUUCUAUUGAAGCAAGAUUAGCCAUCGCUUAGUUAUAAGCUAUUUUCAAGAAAAAUAACCUUAGUGCUAUAAAGCAAUACUAAAUUAUUUUAGAAAAACAACCUGAAAACUAAUAAGCGCUAUUAGAAUUAAGCUGCUUAUUUGAAAAAAACUAAUAAUUUGAAUUAGCUGAAUAAUAAAUUUCCGAAUACAUAAAAAUUUACCCGAAUGACGAAAAAGGUUUUAUUCUAAAAGCCAAAUUAAAUAUGAGAAACCAAAAAUACAAUGAAGCUUAUUUGAACUUCUAAAAAAUAAUAUCUAUCAAUCCAUAAAAUUUCAUGGCUUACACAAAUCUGGGAGAUAUAUGUAAGAUACUAAAGAAGUUUGAUGAAAGUGAAAUAUAUUAUGAGAAAAGCUUAGAAAUAAAUUACCGUUACUCAAUAAGUUAUUAUGAAAUAGCUCAUCUCAACUUUAUCAAUAAUUAAAAGAAAAUAAACUAUGACAAGAUAAUUCUUUACAUGAAAAGUGCAAUUUAAUUUGAUCCAGAUAAUAUUCAGUACUUUUAAUUCUUAGGAUAGGUUUAUUUAAACUAAAAAAUUUUAAUUAAAAAAGAAGUUAUUUAAUAUUUUAAUAAAUGUACUGAAAAUUGCAAAUCUUAAAAAACCUAAGAUGAAAUUAAUAUGAUUGUUAAAUAACUCUAGUAAAUAUAUGAUUAAAAUAUGAAAUAGCCAUCUAAUUUAUUAAUUAAAUUUACUAAUGCAAGUUUAAGCAUUUUUUCAUAAAAACCAUCACAACAACACUUUUCUUUAACCAAACUAAAAUCUGAGCAGCAUAUCAACAUUAAAGCUGAUAGUGAUGAAAAUAAUCAAUAGUAAUAAAAACAAUAACAAGAAUAAUUAUAAUAAUAACAAGUAAUUAAAAAAAGGUAUUGCAACUGCAGUAUAUUCUGA